GUCCUUCUUGUCUGUCUCCUUCCAACCCCACCUCUCCUCAUCCCACUAUUGUCCAUCGUGAUGAUCAACAGCUUCACCACCGUAGUAGUACAUCUUUCAGGGUGUCGAGCAGUGGUAUCCCGCCUCCAGAAAAAAACAGCUUCCUAUCAUCACCACUCCACCACGCAGUUCCUCUUCAUUCCCUUCUACUAAUACCUCUCUCCGCGAAAUCUCUCCUACGAGUAAGCUGCGAUGCUUCCACAGCAGCAGACACCCUUAGAUCUCGAACGAGCCCGUGUUCGGGAUCUCAUGAAAUAUUACACGCCCCAGCUUAACUCGCAAAGAUCCUCUAUCUCUACCCAUUGGGCUCCAGAUGUGAGCAGCAAAGAAAACUGCGAUGAAACAGGUCCCAGUAUGCCAGCUGUCAAAGGCUCAGAGGCUCCAGAUGAUUCCAAACGUCUCACACACGACUCCACCCUGACAGCAUUCGCUCAGCUCGGUGCUUUUCGACUGGAAUGUGAGAGAAGCUUUAUAUCCCUCAUGGAUCAUGAUAAUCAAUACAUACUUGCGGAGGCGACAAGGAGUGUCUCGUUGCACAACCUGGAGCAAACUGAUCCUGGAGAUGAAGUAUAUCUCGGCCCAAGGAUGCUUGACCUUAUGUGGGGGGUCUGUCCAAGCACUAUUGAAGUCUUCACCGCCAAAGACGGAAGUCUCAAUAUCAACACGCCACAAAUCAAAGCUGACCCAGCCAGUUAUGUCAUGAAUGAUCUAUCUCAAAUGGACAGCUUCAGAAAUCGACCCUACGUCUCUGAGUGGCCUUUCAUGAAGUUCUACGCCGAGGUUCCAAUCACCAGCCCGACAGGGUAUGUUAUUGGUACAUUCUGCGUCGUGGAUAAUAAACCCCGUGAUGGGCUCGAUAGCAAGGGAUUGCAAUCCAUGACAGAAAUAUCUUCCGCCAUCAUGAAGCACCUGGAACUGGUUCAAAUGCAAAAUCACUUUCACCGAGCGGACAAAAUGCUGCAUGGACUUGGUAUGUUCGUCGAGAAGAGGUCAAUUCCAGAAGAUUGGACAUCUCCUCAUGGAUAUGAUUCGAUCGAUCUGUCACGAUUGUCUUCAUUGCAACCUGGAAUGGCUCAUACUAUUUCUACAUACUCGGACAAUGAUGCCAGCGAUCAUGGCGUAUCAUUUCCGACAACUGUGACUGCACAUCAGACACCAAUGCUUGGAUCUCCUCCAAAGGCGAAUAUGAGCUACAGGCACUCAGAUAUACAUCCUGAUCUAGAAGCAACAACAGCAAUUAGUAGUGGUUUAGGAAAUUCACCCAGCCAGAGGUCCAGAGUUUCAACCAAUACAUUCUCUCCGAUUGGCAAUUUUCGCGAAAGGGGUCUUACGAUGCGACGAGAAGGAGCUUUCUUGGAGCCUCUGGCUUCGGAAGAGAUGCAGAAAUUGUUCUCUCGGGCUUGUUAUCGCAUUCGCGAAGGGCUAGAGCUUGAUGGAGUAAUGUUGAUUGAUGCUUGCUUCCAAGACAUUGACCUGGAAUCCGGGGUUUCCACAGGGCGCUCGAAUACUCUAUCCAUACCCAGCACAGCAGCACACGAAGACAAUGAAUGGACUGCCAUUCAUGACUCCUCUCAAGCAAAUCGGCCUUCAGUCCAACCAUCAUCCUCAAAGACUUCGAACUCUGGUCGCGCAUUAACAACAGAAGUCUUCGGACAUUCGAUCCAGGGAUCCGCACUUAAACAAGAAUUGCCUUUCGCAACCGGUCAAAUACCAUUACGACGUUCAACUCUUCGUUCACUGCUCCGAACGUUUCGCGAGGGAACGGUUUUUGGAUUUGAAAGGGAUGGCGAAUUUAUACAAAACUCUGACCCUAUUGGUAAUGACUUGUCCGUUACCGUCAAUCCUGAGCGACUCAAAAAGUGGGCAAAUGAGCUAUUGAGUGCUUGUCCAGGUGCAAGAUCUAUCAUGUUCUUCCCGCUAUGGGACAACCAUUUUGACCAGUGGUUUGCAGGUGUUUUGGCACUGGCGUCUUUAUUGAAGGAUCAUAAUUCAUGCCCUGCUUUUGGGGAUGCGCUGAUAAGUAUGAUAUUUCCCAAGCUCCAUCUGGGGCCCCAAGGCGAUCUUCUAGCAUUACGAUACGACAAUAGCCGUAAGGAAUAUUUUGAAUCGAAGAACGGUUCUCUUCCCAAAGCUCAUCUAUUGUGUCGCACGCAUGAAAAAUAUCACUGCUCCGGGGAGCCGAGCAAGCCGUGACCUGGUUGUACUUUGUGCAAUUUCGGUUCAUGUUUAUACCAAGGUGCAGGUAGAAAGAAUUGGGUAGACCAAAGAGAGGAGAAUAACCAGCAUGAUGCGAGGGAAAUAACGUGGGAUCAAGAUAUGGACAGGGCCAUCCCUGAUUUGGGAGUGCCAGAGUCUUCAGGCAAAGACAUCAUGAAGUCAUCUUGACCUUUGUCACAGCUUGCUAACUCGAAUUGACGGAGUAUUGUUAGGCUGUAUUAUUUGGAUUCGUUCACCAAGUCUGUAUAAUUCUGCUCUGAGGAGUAUGGCUAACUAAUUAAUUUGGACCGACUCGCAAAAGUCUCUAUCGUUUGGACUACUUCUAAUGAUACGAAACAUCUGAUGAGAAUUGUGAUCAGUCCACGUUGAUCAAAAUGAAGCCAUUCAUUCAAGAGAUCGCCUCCCUCCGACAUAGACACGCAGCAUAAUCUCAAGAAAAUUCUGAAGAUAGAAGCAUGACGAUCUCUCACCACUUGGUAGUACUUGUCGGAACAUAGACUUGUUUAAAUUGAUAACUCAAACUCAGAUCUGAGGAGUAUUGCACGACGGCACAACGGCUCUUUAUUAACGGCUCACUAGUUUGACAUCCUUAAUACACACUGCCAAACUGCCAUCACCUGCAUUCCCAUCACUCGCUACAGUAAUUAAAGUCGGGCCACGUCCUCCGCACAAUAUGUCGCUGCCGUAUUCCUCGUUCCAGGUUGGCAACCACAAGUCAAUUACAAGGAGCCAUCGAAACACCUAUUGCAGUUUUCCAGACAUGUGUGAUACGCGUCAAGUCCGAAAAGGCUUCCUUUCCUUUCCUUCUCCUAAGAGUUCUCACUUGCUUUUGGAGACGCUGGAAGCUAGCAGCUACACGUCAACAGUCUCGACCAACCGCUGGUAGGUAGAAGGCGAACGUGUGCGAUGGAGGGUCUGGGGGAUGCUAUUCUUCUUCCAGCAUACUUCUUGAUAUCUGUAUGUUGUCCUUCUCCUAGUUGCAUAUUCGAGGUGCAGUCAUGUGCUGUUCCAACCUAAUAUCUGGAUAUGCAUGUUGAUUCCUCAUCGGAAUUCCGGCAAAGCAGCGUUUGGGUUUUGGUAAGUCUCCAAUGGCGUUCGUUCCAGCUGCUCAAUCUCAAAGUACCAACUCAGAGGGUCUACCGCCUAGGUUGUUCUGACCGAAUAUCGUCGUAUCCGUCUGAAGGUCUCAAAGCCAGUCCUCCUUCCCCGCAUUAUUAUUUUCCACUGUGGGAAUCUGCGAACACUCAACCACGUCCGAUGCAAAGAAAGAGUUGCAGUCCAGCGUGUGGUGUUUCCAGUUCUGCCUCGCAGGUAUCAUAUGUCGUAGAUGUACGCCUGUGAACAGCAUGAUCGUGACGGACAGGGCAGCGAGGACGCAGAGGUGCACGCGCUUCUCUUGCCAGUUGGCGGAGAAUGGCAUCUUAAUGUUGGGUUCGUGUUAUUGCUGUUUGUUGUCUACGAUUCUAUAUCGAGAAUCGGAAAUUGACUGUCGAGUGCUGGAUGUCGAUUCGACGGAUGGUAUUGCGGGAGAGUUUGUUUACUGCUUGGAUGUGGAGAGAAGCUUGGUUUUAUGGUUUGAGACCUGGGGGCCGUCAGGCGGGCAAGGGUCGAGGCUCGAGGCUCACGGCUCACGAGACAACACAACACAACACAACACAA